CUGUACAAGCACAGACUCACUGCCUGCAAUCUUAUCCUUCAUUAAAUUCCCUCUAAGCCCGCUCCUUGGGUAGGAUUUCUCCUCCGAGCUCCGGACACGUGAUGGUCUUAAUGCAAUUGGUCAAGGAAAUAACCUUAAUCAUCGAAUACUCACGGAUGGAAUCAGUGCGAGAAUAAACCAUACACACUUUUAAACAUAAACAUGUUAAAUAAUUAUUAAAAUCUCGGACCAUCACUUACUUCUACUGAAUCUAAUUAAAAGCAAAAGGAACAGGAAUCCCCGAAGCCAGAAUGUCAGGAUUAAAGGGUUCACACUCAACUUUGGCAACAGUUCUGGGAAGCAAGUAAGGAGGGGUCAGUCCAGUCCCCAUGACAUGGAUUUUAACACUAUGUUGAAGACUCACACGCUGAUUGUAAGCUUGCUACUCACCAGGUUUAUACCGGUCUCCAUGGAAGGUAACCGGUGUUCGGGAGGGCAUGACCUAUACGUUGAUAUUAAAGAGAACAGUCCAAAUGGCACAGUCAUUGCAAAGCUCACCAUAAAUGGCAACCUUUCCAGCCAUGAGAUCAGCUUGAAUCUGACAGGAACGGAUAUGGAGUGGUUUCAAUUGGAGGAGGAAGUUGUCAAGCUGAAUGUGUUGCCUGCCAGACAGUUGGAUCGAGAGCUACUAUCCACCCCACUUCUCUUUGCAACGAUAACAUGUACUGAUGUUGCAACUUCAGAUCAGAUCCACUACAGACUAAUGGUGCAGGUACUUGAUGAGAAUGACAAUCCACCAAUGUUCCUUAAAGAAAGUGUUCAGCAAGUCAACAUCAGUGAGUUAACCCAAGUUGGCAAUGUUGUCUUCACAAUAAAGGCAAAUGACAGGGAUGGAGACGACCUCAUCUACAUCAUUGAUGGAGCAACGAGUGAUGCAGAAUUCUUCACAAUCAACUUACCGAGCAGUGGAAAGGUCCAGUUGGCCCAGCAACUGGACUUUGAGGUGAAAAAUGAAUUGGAGCUGAUGGUUUGUGCCAUGGAAGUGAAUACCAAAGAGAGAUACAACACAACAGCGAAAAUUAACAUCAACGUGUUAGAUGGGGAUGACCAGUACCCAAGAUUCCUUCCCUGCAAUUUCCUGUCGCAUGGAGCAUCCAGGAUUUGUGUCAACCCAAUCUACACAGGAAAUGUCACAGAGGCAAAGCUACCGUUUCACGCUCUCCAGCUCUCUCCGGGCUCCGUAUUAGCAGAGGAUGGAGACAUAGGACUUCAAUCACCAGUUAUAUACUCAAUCCUUGAAGGUGGUGAUAAUGGCAGAUUUGAAAUCAACAAUAUUACUGGAGCGCUAAUGAUGAGGUGGCCAGUCCGGAGCUACAUACAAAAUCCAUCAUUCUCUCUUACAGUCAUGGCCUCCCAAGUGGAUGACUCUAGUAAAUACACAGUGACCAAGGUGUUGAUUCGUGUCUUGGUCCAGAAUCGUCAUCGGCCACGGUUUAACAAGAUCGAGUAUAAAGGAUUUGUUCAGGAGCAACUCAACCCCUUUGCCCUGGUAGUGACUUAUGGAAAUAAACCCUUAUUAGUGAAAGCAGUGGACCAAGAUUUCAAAAACGGCAGAAACCCGAAACUUACCUACACCCUGACAAAUCAGUCCAACCACACACAGCUAUACCAGGUCACUCAGGAAGGGCUUCUACUUGCUCGAACUAAUCGAUUGCAUGCACAUGAAAAGUACAUGCUGCAGAUUGUUGGAACAGAUAAUGAAUCGGGCGACAUGGUCAGCACCAAGGUCAAUGUUGAGGUUCUGCACUCACGUCAGCCAGUUCCAUCCGGACUUCCCAAAGAAAGCAGGAUGCACAGCUCUAAAGAAAUGGGAUUAUUGGGAGGAAUCAUUGCCAUAUUACUCCUCCUCCUUAUUGUUGCAUUUAUCUUACUUGUAUAUAACUUAAGGCGUCGACAGAAGCAACAUAGACAAACGAGCACAGUUGCAGUAGAACGAAAUACCAAUGUGAGGUUAAAGUGGUUCCAGCUGAUUAACACCAGCAAACCAGAACAAUCCUGCAGGAAUCUAGCCUAUAUAAAUGAAGCCUUCAGUAGUUGCAAUGAGGAGUCGAACAAUGGUGGUGCCACCUACAAUCAGGCAAAAAUUUCACAUGAACUGCUUGAUGCUGCACCAAUUCAAGAACAAGAGUGUACCAUCAAACCCAUCUUGACGAAUGGAAAACUUACUUCCUGCAAGUUUAUGUGUGUUAAAGCUGAUGUAACGGCAGAGGAAAUUAGCACUGAUGCUGGACACCAAUAUACAGAAUGUAACAAUGAGGAGCAGAGAGUAAAUAGCAAUUGCCCGAUAGGAGUAAACUUUCAAUUACCAGGUAAGUCUGGCUUGGAGGAAAGGCCACAAUGGGAAAGUAAGAAGGAGCCAUUGGAAGUCAUAAAGAAAACUCUGCAAGAAGCAGCAGGGCAGGCAGAGACUGUGCCAGAAGAAAUAAAGAGCUCCGUGUCAACAGAAAAGCAAGACCUUAAAGCAUAUAUGACAGAAGAACAAGAAUAUUUAAUAUCUUCAACAGGUCUUGCAGACCUCAUGACCACAAGAGGAAAAAAGCAAUCGGUAUCUGAAGCAAUACAAGAACAUCCAGCAACCACAUCAAGGGAACAAGGGCACAUAAUAUGUUCCAAGAAAAGAGCAAGUGUAGUGGAAAUAAUGGCAGGAGAUGCAAUAUCAGAAGAUACAGUGAGGACAAAAAACCUAGUAGCUCUAGAGCAGCCAGCAGCAGAAGAGCAUCCACUAGUUGAAACACAACCUGUGAUAGAAGUAACAGUGGAGCAUCCAGUGGAAGUACUGUAUCCAGCAUCUACAGACCAUCCUGUAAAAAUAGAAAAUACAGUGGCAACAAUGUCUCUGGCAUCCUCAGAGUAUCCAGUGGUAGUACAGCAUCAUGUGGAAACUGAGAAUCCAGUGGAAAUGGAGGAUCUAGGGGUUACAAGGCUGCAAGUGACAAGGAAAAUGACAACAGAAUAUCCAGCAGCCACAGAGUAUUCAGUAUCAGAAGACAUUGUUUUCUACUGUCCAAUGACAGGAGUAACCAUAGAGGUCUUGGAAGGAGCUGAGGAAAUGGAAGACACAGCAACAAUAAAAGAAAUUGUAGAAACUUCAGCGGUGGUCACAAAGUGUCCAGUGGCAGAAGAUGGUAUAGAGCAAGUCAUGACAGAAGGACUGGCCAUUGAGGGACAGUCAAUCACACAGUUGGAUGCAGAAGAUCCAUCAGCAGAGGGAUCAACCAUAAAGGGGCCAGAGGGAGAAACACCUACUGAGGGUCAACUGGAAGGCAAAGGAAGCCUGUCAGCAGCAGGAACAGAUUUAGAGCUCUCGGAGGUAGUUAGCAUCGACUCAGCAGCAAAAGAAAUAAGUCUGGAAGCUACAAGGCAUCCUGAACCUGAUAUGGUCAGAGAUUGUUCAGUGGUUCCAAUGGGUUCAACAGACACUGAUUACUCAGCAGCUGUUGAAAGAGGAGACAGUUCUGUAACUUUAGGGGAAAACACCACAAAUAUGGUGAUGUUUUAGGAAACACAGGAUGAAAGAACUGUAACUGUCCACACCUCCAUCCAGCCCUGCUGCCCAAAUUGCUGAUACGUUGAUCAAAAUAUGUUUAGCCCUAACCAUGUGCAGUGUGAAGAUCCCUUGCCUUCACCUUUCAGAUUGCAGAUUUAAUAUCCAUUUCUUCAAGACCCUCUUCUUCCUCUAACCUGUAUUCUUGCAGCUUUAGUGCUGUUAAAAGAUCUGUUAAAAGACCUACAUUAUGAAAAGGUUUGAUUUUCUGCAGGAUAAAAAAAAUAAAUAAAAAAAUUCAAUAAAAGCUAGGGAUAUGAUUAGAACUGAUAUAACCUAGGUCACCUUCUGAAAGAGAAAAUUUGUAAUUUAUUCCUGGGCAAUAGUCACUGCUGGUAAGGACAGCAUUUAUUGCACACCCAUGGUUGGCCUUGAGAAAGUGGCUAUCUUCUUGAAUUGCAGUUUGUGCAGGGAAAGGUAGUCCCACAAUGUCACCUUGCAAGGAAUUUUAGAAUUAAAAGCCAGUUACAAAAACAAUGACUUAUUUCCAUUUCAGCAUGACAUGUAACUUGAAAAUAAGUCUGGAUGUGGUGCUGUUGCCGUGCAUUUGCUACCCUGUUCAUCCAAGUGGUAGUAGGUUCUGCCAAAGAAGCCUUGGAGAUGUUGCAUUGCGUCCAGUAAACCAUUCACACUGUGAUGGAGUUCUGAUAAAAUAGGUUGUUUUUUUUCCUGGACUGUGUCAAUCAUCUUGAUUGUUGAAGUUGGAUUGAUAAUUUAUAUUCGACCGUGAAAUUUGUGCAACUUGAACAGAGUUCUGUGGUGUUUGUGAGUUUAGAGAGUUAGAUGAGGAGUCAAUGGAUGUGUUCCUUAGCAUUUUUCACUUUUACCCUGUUGAAAUUGGUUUUUACUCUGAGCCUUAAGUUUCUAAUUUAUAGGCACAGGAAAAGAAGGCUGACUGAUGAGUAAGAUGAAUAGUUCUACUUUUUUCUCUCUAAUCUCAAAUCCAAAAGUAAACUCAAGGUUGAAAGCAUCUUGCCCAUAUGGAAUUUCAAUCUUAUGUUAUGUUGGGAAUUGUGAAUAAACACAUGCACAGAAGUGUUUCCAUUUGAGAUUACCAUAGAGGUUUAAGCUCCUGGUUUCAGAGCUCGAGCAGCAGCUGAAUUCACUAUCAUGCAUCAAUAGUGCAGUGGGCUACAUAGAUACUACAUUUUAAGAGGAGGUCACACCACAGGAUAAUGGCAUGCAGGCCAUAUUAUAAAUUAAUUCAUUGGAGGCAGAUGUUGCUGACUACGCCAGCAUUUAUUACCCAUCCAUAACUGCCCAGAGGACAGUCAAGAGUCA